CCACCACUUGCAUGCUUUCCGGUUCCUUCGCUAGCCCCCCCUCUCCCGUCAUCAUCCCCUUCCUUCCUUCCUUCCUCUACUCCUCUUCUUCUUCUUCUUCUUCUUCUACUUCCUUCCUCCUUCUCCCAUCAACAGCUGCGACAAACUUUUAUCCCCACACACACACACACACACCCAAUCCACAACCCAAUAACAACACAUACACAAAAGCCAGCCAGAGCGGAAGAGAUGUCGACUCCCGCCGCCGCAGCUCCCCCUGCCGCUCAGCCGCUGACCGUGAGGCUCACCAACCUUGCGCAGACGCUGCAAUUUGCGUGGUUUGUCGGACACUUGACGCUCCUCACUACUACCCUCCUCUACACUUUCUCGAUCGCAAAGUUUUCGUGGAACACCACCGGCGCGAGCAUCUGCUACCGUCUGGCGUUCCUCAGUGCCGCCGCUACCUAUGGCAUCGUCGUCUACAAGGCCUAUCGUGCUAGGUUCAGGAGCGGAAACAUGCCCACCGGACAGCAAGGGGCUAUCAAGAUCUUGGGCGAUGAGAAUGUGCAAUACCUUCUGAUGGCCUUCACCUGGCUCUACUGCAAGCCCGUGUUCCCCGCGCUCCUGCCCUUCGCCGUGUACAGCACCUUCCACUUCCUGACGUACCUUCGCACGAAUCUGAUCCCGACGAUCACGCCUACCGCACCGGGGGCGCCGCAGCCCGCCAUCGCCGAGACGAUCGCGCGCUUCGUUAAGAAGAACUACGACGCCAGUAUGCACCUAGUCGCAAACCUGGAGCUGUUCCUGUGGGCGCGCGUGUUCCUGUACUGCCUCGUCUUCCAGAACUCGUGGACCCUGCUCGUCGUCUACACCGUCUUCCUCCGCGCAAGGUACGCCCAGAGCGUCUUUGUCAGGGACGCCAUGAAGGGCCUCGAGCUCAGGGGCGAUGCCCUCGUUACUGACUCGAAGGUCCCGGAGGGCGCGAAGAGCGCGUGGACUGUCGCCAAGUCGCUUGUCAAGAGGUUCGGUGAGGUCAGCGAUGUUGGAAAGAUGCUCGGUGGCGGGCAGACUGUCAAGAAGGAGUAAGGAGUAGGCGUGCGAGCUUGCUGAAACACUUGAGAAGUAGCUUUGUAUUUCUUUACUUCGGUGUGGGGCGGGAAAAGAGGUUGGUGACUGCGUGCGUCAUGGCGUGUUGGCGAGACGGCGAGAGGAGAGAUGGCGGAAUUGUGAAUUGAAGUGGUGACUCUGAUAGUUGUGUUGAACUGAACUGAUUGGCCGUUACGAAUAAAUGACGAUUGUUGCGUUGUGCUUAUCGUCCUUUGUGGGAAGGAUUUGUGGGAAAGAGGUGAAGCGAGAGGUGAAGCGAAAUGAUGAUGAUAAGCCCGUGAUACAGUGGCGGAUGAAGUGGCGGGAUGAGGCGGGAUGAUGUGGCGGGAUUGUGUAACCCGAAACACAUCUGAUGCAGAUCUUCAGGGAAGUGGGAAUAUCCCGGUAUAAAUGUAGAGGAGAUGUCACUACCGCCGAUUAGGGCAGAGCAGAG